CUUUCAUUUGGCCCGCUAAAAGCAUAGUCACGAAAUGAGGCCCAUUUAGUGAUUACUGACCCGAGAAUAACGAGGAGCAAGUCCAACAAAAACCCGGAUCUCAGAAGGAAACGCUUCUCUGCAGAAGCCAGAAAGUUGUGAAAUUUCACUCUCCACUUACCUUGAAAGCUUGUUUAACGGCAAAAUGGCCGGCGGCGGAGACCACCACCACCACCACGCAGAUGGGGCACACGGCGGAGAUUUCAGAGGAAAGGUCUGGAGCUUCACGGGCGGGCCCAACUGCCGCCCCAAGCACUGGAAGCGCAACACCGCCUUUGCCAUGGCGGGCAUCGUCCUGAUCUGUAUCCCCAUCGCCAUGAAAUCCGCCCAGCUUGAGCAACGUCCACAUCUUCCUGUGCGUCCAAUUCCCUCCCAGAUGUGGUGCAAAAAUUUUGGCAACAAGGACUAUUAGUUAUUUGUGAUGCAUUUGUAAGAAAUACUAUGCGCUCUUCCCCUCGUUUUUCUGAAAUUUCUUAUGUUUCUGGAACGAGUCACUCAACCCAUAUGGCAUGUAAUAAGAAAUUACUGGAUUUGUUCAUUUCGUGAUAUUGCGAAAAUCUCAAGUUUAAGAUGAAA